CUGUAUGGUUUAUCAUGCUCUCACUCACUCUCUUUCUCUCUCUCUCUGGCUUUCUCUUCCUCCCUCCCCGCCUUUGUCAAGUCUCCACCUCGUUUUCUAUACCAGCCACACACACAGACUUUCACUCAUCUGGCUUCAUAGUUGCUCUGAUUUUGACUUCUGCUUUAUUGCAGCAACAGCUAAGGUGUCCAUGUGACUGAAGUCAGUCAUGGAGGAACUGCGUCGAAUCGAUCUGACCUACAUCACUGAGCGAAUCAUCACCAUAUUCUGCCCUCCUGAGUGUCCAGAGGAGACCUACCUGCAAAACCUGCAGGAGAUUAUUCCCAUGCUGCAGUCGAAGCACGGACACAACUACAUGCUCAUCAACCUCUCACAGAAGAAUGGCACCCUCACACAAAUGAACCACAAGGUUCUGGACACAGGUUGGGUGGAUCGCCUGGCUCCCUGCUUGGAUCAGAUCUUGAGCGUGUGCACGACGAUGGAGAACUGGCUGCAAACGAACCUGAAGCAUGUCCUGGUGUUACACUGCAGGGGAGGUAAAGGGCGGCUCGGAGUCCUGGUUGCUUCUUACAUCCACUUCAACAACAUGUCAGCCAGUGCAGACCUUUCUCUCGACCACUUUGCCAUGAGGAGGUUCUACAACGACAAGCUGUCUGCUCUGAUGACCCCCUCACAGAAACGGUACGUUUGGAUGCUGGGCAGCAUGUUAAAGGGAGGACUGAGGAUGUGUCCCUCUCCGUCUUUCCUCCUCUGCGUUGUUCUUCAUGGUCUUCCCAAAAUAAGAGCAGAUGGAGGAUGUUGUCUCUUCCUGAGAGUCUACCAGAGUCUACAGGCUGUCUGCACAUCAGCAGUUUACCAUGUUACUGCAGGACAGACGGACCGGCUCUACUUUGUGCUCCAGCCGGCUCAGCUGCUCAAAGGUGACAUCAUGGUGGUCUGUUACGAUAAAGACAGUCGGUCAGGAAGCCGUCAGGUCGUCUUCUGUCUCCAGUUUCAUACCGGCCUUGUACACGGACACACCCUCACUUUCUCGAAGGCAGACCUUGACUGUGCCAGUGAAGAUCCUCGGUUCCCAGACGAUGGAAAAGUGGAGCUGCUGCUUUCUGAAAGUCCUGAAAAGAUUACAGGCAGAGAGCUGUGGCACAACGGAGGCUCUGUGACCGUGGACUACGACACCUUGGACCCUUUAGUCCGACGAGACUCCUACCAAGAAACAGCUCCUCCUCAUGUCCUGGGCCCUGGAAAUGGCAGUUUGUACGCCAGAGUGAGGAAAAGGAGCAGCGAGGAAGGAGUUUCAUUCCCGCCACUGAUCGCCAGCAGCCCCAGCUGCAGCGACCGAGCUCCGUCUGCCAGCAGUGACUCAGGCCUGUCCGUCGCUUCUCAGGGGAGGACCGGAGCCAGACCAGGGAGAGGGGCCACGCAGGACAAGUGCACCCAGGCGGGGAAGCUGCUCUCUGGGUUGGAGUUUGAGAUCGCUCAGCCUCUCCUGGAGGUCAUGACUGAGCUGGCAGCGUGCGGUGGAGGGGAGGUGGGGAUGGUUGGAGACAAGUCCGGACUGGGACACACUCUCAAUGGAGAGGCUUCAUCCAGAGAGAGGGAGACAGAUAUCCUGGAUGAUGAGGAUGAAGUGGACAAUGUGGCAGCUUCUGCUUUGCUGAGUUCAAGCAGCAUCUGCUCCCUGCCUUCGGAGAAUCUACCCGAAACUCAGAGAUCACCCCAAACUGAGUACUGCACACGUUCCUGGGUGCAGCAGCAGCAGAUGGUGGAGGUCGUCACCGAUAAUUACCUUCAAGUGGACGGGAAGGAGAGGUCGAGCAGAGCGAGAAAAGAGAGGCCGCCACCUCUGGUAGCUCCCGACACGCCACCCAGAGGGAUCAGCAGCAGGGAGGCCGUGCAGAGAGGGCUGGUGGACGAGGACGGGACACACAACGCCACACAAAACGCACAAUCUGCUCAUACUACACACAAUUCAUCUAUCCAGGAAGAUGAUCUGGAGUCGUUAACCACAGAUGUAGAUGAGUCCAUAGAGCAGCUGAACCAGCUGAUUCUGGAUCUGGAUCCAACGUUUGUUCCUGUUCCUACCCGCUGCGCCCCCCUGUCCCGCUCCGCCUCCCUCCACACCAACGGCCUCAGCCACAAGGGAAACACACAUCUGUCAGGGUGGAAGCAGCAGAAGCAGGUCAGCGAUGUGACGGACUACGCCGGUCUACCCAGCCCAGGAUGGAGAGGGGGUGGACCUCAAACCUUCAGGGGCUCCCCAGUCCCCAGUCCCCCUUUCUCGCCCUUGCGGCAUGGGCAUCUCCACAAAGCAAACAGCCUGGACUAUCGGGGUCGAAUGGACAGCUCCGACAUCGUCCCACAAACUCCAGCCUUCCCUGUGUCCCCUCCAACGCCCUACGUGAAACAUUUCUCUGAGUUUUCUCAGCUCCGGACCGGCGGGCAGUGGGACCAACACAGCUGGACACAAGAUGCCCGGAGUUUCCUGGACAGUAUGAACCACACCGGCGGGUCCAUGUGCUCAGUGUCGUCAGGAAGCCCCCUCCCACACACAGACAGUGCCACUCCUCCCCCAGUGUGGCAUGACCGGACUCCAUCCUCCCUCAACUCCAACUACCCCCCACAGCCGUCACCCCCUCUCUCCCUCAGCACUCCCAAUGCCCACAGUUCUCCCCGGGGGGCUCCGAAAAGCCCUGGCGGAGACAGACAGACGGACAGCACAGACUUGUCCUCGUUGUUUGGGAACGGCGGCCUGGAUCACAGCCUGCUGGAGGCCAUGGAGGGGCUCGGGACUCUGAACCUUGGGGGAGAGGGGGGCCUCGCUCCGCUGCUGCCUGAGAAGAGGAGAUGGGGCGAGGGGGGAGAGCUUGGCUCCCGCUCCCCUUCUCUAAGCGGGUUUUCUAGCCCUCACAGUGGUAGCAGCCUCAGCAUCCCCUUCUCGUCUUCCAUGUCCCCUGAUCCUCUUAGAGGACACAGUGGGGCCCAGUCACCCGCAUCAGACUCUGGCAGUAAGCAGGACACUGUGAAGUUUGUUCAGGACACGUCCAAGUUCUGGUACAAGCCCGACAUUUCCAGAGACCAAGCCAUCACGGUGCUAAAGGACAAAGAGCCGGGCUCGUUCAUCGUCAGAGACAGUCACUCGUUUCGCGGGGCGUACGGUUUGGCCAUGAAGGUGGCGACACCCCCUCCGUCUGUGUUACAACAGAGUAAGAAAGUAGGAGACCUGUCCAAUGAGCUGGUGCGACACUUCCUGAUAGAGUGUACACAGAAAGGAGUUCGUCUUAAAGGCUGCCCCAACGAGCCCUACUUUGGAAGUCUCACUGCUCUGGUGUGUCAGCACUCCAUCACCCCUCUGGCUCUGCCCUGUAAACUCAUCCUGCCUGACAAAGAUCCAGUGGAGGAGCUGAGUGACUCAUCUGCACAGACAGCUACAAACUCAGCAGCUGAACUCCUCAAACAGGGAGCAGCGUGUAACGUGUGGUACCUGGGCUCUGUGGCGCUGGAGUCGUUGACGGGACACCAGGCGGUCCAGAAGGCGACCACGAUGACGCUGUCCAUGGAUCCUCCGCCGGCCUCCACCGUCGUCCACUUCAAAGUGUCGGCGCAGGGCAUCACGCUCACCGACAACCAGAGGAAGUUGUUCUUCAGGAGACAUUACGCUGUCAACACUGUUAUAUUCUGUUCUCUGGACCCACAGGGAAGGAAAUGGACCAGAGGCAGCGGCUCCACUGCAAAGAUCUUUGGAUUUGUAGCCAGGAAAUCUCAGAGUGAGACUGAAAACAUGUGCCACCUGUUCGCUGAGCAUGACCCGGAGCAGCCGGCGAGCGCCAUCGUCAACUUUGUCUCAAAGGUCAUGAUCGGGUCACAUAAAAAGUAACGAGAGAAAGACUCAAACUGACAGACUGAGGAUCGACUUCCCACCCAGACAUCACAUUAAAAAAAGACCUCUACAACAACUUUUCCUCCCAAGAGUCAAAAAAAAAAAAAAAAAAAAACUAUGAAGCCACACACUCCAGAAGAACCAGGCUGCACUGCAGGAUGCUGCCACCAGAGGGCGCUAAGACUGUCAUAUAUGUAAAGACUCGCCUGCAAGAUGCCAAGGUUUUUUAAAAAAUAUAAAAUGUAUAUAAAAUCAAAACACUUUUUCACAGAGGAUCUACUAUGAAAACCAGAUUUUGUCAUGUUUAAAAUACUUUAUCUUCAGACUUACUUUAAAUACACCGUAUCACACUGACAAAAAAUAAAAACAAAAAAGCUCUUCUGAUUAAACCUGAAGAAUAUGAGAUAUUCUGCACAUAAAUAUAAACAACUAAGUAUGGAUUAUAAUUCUGAAAUCUUUUCCUCUUGGUAAAAAUAUGUAAAUCAGGUUUCAACAUCACCACAGGUCCAUUUUACUGUAUAUGUUCAAACCAUACUGUCACAUGACAAAGCCAACAAUGUGGUCGCCUUGUACUUAAGAUGGAUUUAUCGUGUUGUGUUUAUAUAUUGCUCAAAGUAUUUAUCCCUUUUUACAGAUAUGUAAAAGGCUUUCUUUCCCCUAAAUAUACGUCAUAUAUUUUUGUAUGUCCCAUGUUAUUGUGGGGAGAAUAUGAUGUAGUAUUUUACCUAACAAUGAACUAACUACAUAAUCUGCCCUAUGUGUACUUGUAUUACUAAUAUAGUUGUUAAUAUGUUCCUUUACCAAUGACCUAAAUACAGAUUUGUGUACAGUUACGGUUCCUCAAAUACAGUCACCAUGUCCGAUCUCUUCUUCUGCCUUACAUUAAGUUUUUGGCUGAUUUGUAAAUGAAAGUUUCCACAGCAUCUCUGCUGGGACGGUGCAGGGAUGAUGUAUAUUUGUAGGCCAACCAGGAAGUUAGCAUCUCCCUGGUUCCCUCGACAGAAAGUCAACUGGUUUUUGGAUUGUUGCAGAAAAUAAACUCUUUGAUCAACAAA